AUGAAGCAACCACUACUCGAAUUGCCUGAUGAAAUGCUCCUCACCAUAUUGAAUUUUACCUCUCGGAAUCCAAGAGAUUUAAUCAUAUUAUCUCAUACUUGUCGGAGAUUUGAAAAACUUGUUGAAAAUUCUCUCUCCAAUACAAGUAAUAGUAGUACAAAUGAUGAUCAAUCGAUAAAUCUAUUCGAGAUGAUCAAGAUUGAAACAAGUGAAUACUUGAGAAGGGGUUUCUUAUUUGAAAAAUUGAUAAAACGACCAUUUGGAACCAUCUAUGAUUUGGUGAGAGAUUACUGGACCGCCUCCUCCUCCACUGCCACCAUAAUAGAGAGGCAAAUUAAAAGUGAGGAGGAGAAGAGAGAGGAAUGUAGAAUGGCACUGAAUUCAAAGGAGAAAUUGGUGAAUGCUUUUUAUUUUGCUAGAAUGGAUGUUAAAUUUUCUGCUUUUGAUAGAAAAGUUCAGGAGCUGAUUGCACGUGUGGCAAAGAGAGAUCCAACUGUACUGUUUGGUGUGAUACUCACAUUGAUGAGUAUUGCUGCUCAGGUUUGUGUUGGACAGUAUUCCAGUAACCAGGUUGGUGAAAAAGAUUGGAAUGGAGUGUUUUGGUGGAUUCCGUAUUGCUUUGCCGUCGUGCAAACUCUAUUGGGAGGUGUUUGGUGUGGAUUUACAGCAUUUUCACUAUUAAGAGGGAUUGGAAUAUUGAGAAAAUUGAAUAUUCAUAGAUUUACCACUAAAUUUCAUAAGGAUGUCAAUUUAUUCGUUGCCAAUUUGGCAAUACCUGUAUUUGCUGGACUCAUUCUACUAUUUAAUGGAUAUGGAAUGUAUUCUGUAAAGUCAUUACUGUAUAGUAUACUUGGAAUUGAGAUGAGCUAUUCCCAUAUACUUGUAAAUACGAUCAAUUAUUAUCUUUCCUUCCCAAUUUGGAUUUAUUUGGGAGUUGUAAGCAUCAGUGAGUUGAAAAAGAUUUUCAAAAUGAUUGUGCCACCAACAGUUACUAUCCAAAGCUUACUAUCAAAUUAUAUAAUAUCCCUAUUCUUGGGAGUGUCGUGUUAUAAAUUGGGAGGUGGAUGUUUGAGUGCUCUUCCAAUAGCAGUCACACUAUUGGCCGAUAGUUGGGAAGUGAAUGCCCUAUAUAUUAAGGAGAAACUUAAAGUAGGUUUUUUUGGACUGUCUCGUUUUGCUUUAGGUGUCAGUUUGGCAAUACUUGGUUGUGGUCAUUGUUCUUAUUUCACAUUUGCACCUGUUACUCUUGCGACUGUCUUUGAAACAAUUGGUUUUUUGUUUGGGAAGAAACAUGAAACAUGCAUUUCACCAAUUGAUGAGACAUACCAAUAG